CCCUUAGUACAAAACGUAAACAAACCCAGAUUGAAACGUCAAAGUUAGGCUACCGGUUCGCAAGCUCCUACGAUUGUAAUCCUUUUUUCCCAUAUUCUACCCGAUUUCACGGCAUGGUGUCACUGAAAACUCUCGGGAAAACGGCAAUGUACAUAGCCAUCGGCGGCAUUACGGCCGCCCUGGUAAUGAAGGUGAAGCUGGAGGAUAAAGUACGCAAGCAAACGUACUACAAGGACUCAAUGAAGCUGUUGCGUUCCCAUGCCGGCGCCGUUCAGCUGCUCGGUGAACCGAUCAAGGAUUUGAGCUUCGAUAUCGGUGAGGAGAGCAAAAAAUUCGGCGGAGGAAAGGUCGAAAGCUUUACGGUGCCGGUGAGGGGUCCGAAAACGAAAGGAAAGUACUAUUUCUGGGCCGAGCUAGGAUCCGACGAACGGUGGGUUAUUAAACGGGCAGAGCUAGAACUACAAAACGAACCCAACCGAAGGUUACUGAUAAAAGGAGAACGGGAAGCGUGAAUCCCGUGCAUGCCGCAA